UCUUGUGAGCGAGGCAAGGGCAAAUGUCCAAACUGUCUUUUCGGAGAUGCCAAUCGGUAUAAAGAGCCUAAGUGUACCAAUUCUGGAUUCUAUUUGGGAGGCACUUAUAUUCCCAAAAAUCCCAAGAAACCCAAAAUGGACAUACCAUUGUGCACUUCAGUGACUGUUGGUCCAUGGAAAUUCUACUCGUGCAAGACCACAAACCAUGAUGACAGAUGUCUCGUCAUCAAGGACUGUAGAUAUGAUUCUCCAAGCACUAUUUGCUUACACCACCUGUGCAAACAAGCCCGUGCGGUGAUGGUAAACAGCAGUUCUUCAUCUCUAUUCACAUGUGAGCAUGUGAAGACCAUUGAAUCUGCUGUUCAACCAGAAAAACAGUACUUUGAUUUUCCUGACUUGCAGGGAUACCAGUGUGGUGACACAAUGAGGAGUGAUUUGUUGAGACUCAAGGAGUUAUCAGGAAAUCUACCAUUACCUGUGAAAGUUUCUCCUUUAAUGUUCUGUGUCUUUGGACAUGUCUCAUCAAAUAAUCCUACCGGGUAUUGCCAUGUGAAGGUGCAGGAAGAUGCCCUCAGAUGUUGUUCUAAGGACUGCAAAACAUUUGUUGCAAAGGCAAAACAAAACAAAGCAAAAAAUAUAUCACAUACACGUAUUAUCAUGUAUUAAUUAGCCUUGGGAUCGUAACUAAUGAGACUUUUGAGAAGAAUACAUCUAUUGCAGCAUCUGCUUCUAGAUCGAUGGAAUCCACGUCAUCAGCAACAGAAUCAGCAUCUGCUUCUGCAUCGAUGGAAUCCAUGUCAUCAUCAACAGAAUCAGCAUCUGCUUCUGGAUCAAUGGAAUCCACUCCAUCAGCAUUAGAAUCAGCAUCUGCUUCUGGAUCGAUGGAAUCCACGUCAUCGUCAACAGAAUCAGGAACAAUCAGUACAAAUAGCACUGAUAAUUCUUUGGAUACUGUCAGCCGUUUACCAACUGUUCAACUGAACAUGAAGAGAUCCCUGCCCCUACAAAUACCCAGUGCUGUCAUUGGCCAGGCACAUUCCAUGGAUAUCAAGGGAUGGCCUCCAUCACUUUCACCCUCUUGCUUUACUUGCGGUUUGUGGAGUAGUCCAUUGUCUGAACCAAAGAGUCAUCCAGGCCAAAGAGGAGACGCCAUAGUUUUGACUAAUUUGAUUCCUUUAAGGAAAAUUAAAUUGUUUGUGAAGUUU